CUCUCCUUUAUAUUCAACAGAUGUUUUUCAAUUGUUAUUUGUUAAUCCAACUUGAUCCACCUGGUAAAAGCCGGUGUAUUUGUUUAUAUAUUUUCUCAAUAAAAAAAAAUAACAAAUAAACAAUGACAGAUUUGGAUACGACAACUCAAGAAGUUGAUGAGAGUAAAAGUGUUGAAUAUGGUUAUAGAUCUGGCAAUGUAUUUCUAAUUGAUGGAAGUGAAGAAAUGUUCAAAGAACGUGAUGGAGGUUCAUACUUUCUUCAAUGUCUCUGGAUGUACCAAAGAAUUCUCCAACAAAAAUUAUCAAUGAACAAGAAAGAUUUCAUGGGUAUGAUACUUUUUGCUACCAACAAAAGUGAUCCAGAAACACCACACAUAUAUACAAUAUUGAAAUUUAAUCCUGUUACAAAAGCAAUGUUAUCAGAUCUUCUUGAAUUUAUGACACAAGAUUUCAAUCCAAAUUUAUGGAUUUCAAAAGAUCAAUAUCCAUUAUCAAAUUCACUUCUUCAAGCAGCAAGAUGUUUUGAUGAAGUUAAACUUAAAGUCGUAACAAAACAUGUUAAUUUAAUAACUUGUAAUGAUAAUCCAUUAGAAAAAGAUAAUGAAGAACGUCACAAAAGUCGUGUUAUUGCUAAAAAUUACAAAGACAUACAUAUUAAAAUUCAAGUUGUUGGGUUAGGUCCAACAUUUGAUUAUGAUAUAUUUUACAAAGAAUUAAUUGAUCUUGCUGAAAAAUAUCCUGAUAGAGAUUGUAAACAAAUUCAACUAACUGAUCUUGAAGAAAAUGUACUUAGAAAAGCAUUUGUCACUGGUCAUAUGGAUUUUAAAGUAAAUGAUAAAUUUAAAAUAAAAGUAACUGUUCAAGGUUUUUCAACAGCAUAUAGAUACACACCAAAAGUAUGGAUACACAAAGAAACAAAUGAAAUUUUAGACAAAGUAUCAUUCUAUAAACAUGAAAAAUUUGAUGAUGAUAAUGAAGACAAUGACGAUGAAGAGAUGAAAGAUAUAUUUGAUCAAAAUAUUCGUUAUAAACAAACAUUUGGAUAUGUUCAUUCAAAAAUUGAUAUUCUAUUUACACCAAAAGAAGUUGUACAAACAAAACAUAUUAGUAAACGUGGAAUUGAAUUAAUUGGAUUUAAAGCAAUGAAUGAAGAGUAUCUACGUUAUCAUGUUAAAAAACCACUAUUUGUUGGCUCUAAUGCUGAAGCAAGUAAAGCUGAAAAGAAAUUUUUUGCAUCAUUGAUUAAUCAUUGUCAACAAAAAAAAGUUAUUGGUAUUUGUUUGAUGGCAAGUAGAGAUGAUUCAUCACCAUGUGUAUUUUCAAUGUGGCCUUGUGAAGAACACGGUGGUUUUUAUCUCUACCAAGUACCAUUUAAAGAAUCAAUCAGAAAUUUAAAAGAUAUUACAAGGAAUUAUAUAUUUGAUGAAGCAACACCAUACUCAGAUAGUAAUUUAGAAUUAAUGACGGAAAUUGUUAAAAAAUGUAGAAUCAAGUAUGAUCCAGCAUUGUUUGAAAAUCCAAAUCAAACAAAAACUAGAACGUACAUUCAGGCUAUUGCAUUAUCUGAAGAAUAUCAUCCAGAUUCAUUUGUCGAUACAACAUUACCAGAUAAAAAUAUAAUGAGACAAAGAUUACAAAAAAAAGACUUGAUUACGAAAUUUCAAGAAAUGUUUCCUGCAUUUAACAAUGAAACAGUUGAUUAUUCUCAAAAGUAUAUGUGUUAUGAUCAUGAUCAAGCAGCUGAAUUAAUAAAAGGAAAUUUAUCAAGACAUACUGUUCCUGUUUUAAAGAGUAUCCUCAAAGCACUUGAUCUUUCAACUAUCGGAUUAAAAAAUGAUUUGAUAAUGAGAAUUGAAGACUACAAAAAGACCUGUUAAUAAUUUCGAAUAAGAGUAUUUCUUUUUAAUUUUUUUAUUUUGGUAUUGAGUAAUAUUUAUAUAAAAAUAUAAAUCAACAAAUUCAGGAAUUAGUUUUUAUGAUAAUUGUAAUGUUAUCUUGGCUCUUGAUGUUUUGAAAGUGGUUGAAGUGAGCC